AUGGCUUCGUGGAAGAACGUACGCGACAGUACAAAAUUUGGACCAAUAUGCCUGCAACUGUUGACGAUGCCACAGACGAGCGAGGAUUGCUUGACGCUUAACAUAAUUCGACCAAAAAUUGAACAUAAUACGACAAGCCUUCCCAUACUUUUGUGGAUACAUGGCGGCGCUUACGAAGUUGAGUCAGCCAAGGAGAUUGGAUACAAAGGUUUCGCCAACAUGUAUGCAUCGAGGGGUAUCAUGGUUGUCUCAAUACAGUAUCGACUGGGUGUUUACGCCAUUUUGGACUAUGACGCUGCACUCCAUAAAUCUGGAGUGAAUCCAGCGGAGUUCAGUACAUGGAACAGAGACGUGCUCGUAAAAAAGUUGAAGUUAAGACUCGAAUUCGUAGUGGUAUAUUGGGUAGAUGAUUUGCAAAAUGAUGUCAUAUCAUUUUACAUUGACGGGAACGGAGAAAGACGAUCAGAAUUCUAUAUCAACCGAUAUACCGAGUUUGUCAGCAAUCUCAUAUUUAAAGCUGCAAUCGUUGAUGACAUAUUGGCUCGUCGCAAUGCUGGCUGGAAUGUGUAUGCAUACAUACUUGACUAUUAUAAUGAUGCAAUCUGGAACGAUGUACCCAAAAAGCUGAAAGGUUAG